AGUUUUCAUGAAGACCUUCAGCUAACAGCUAGCGUAAGCCAUAUAUAUGAUAUCAGUAAUACGGUGAAGUGCAUUGAAUACGAAUGUUAUUUCCAAAUCGUAUCAAUCUUGUUCUGUUGCACAGUGAAAGCAUUUAGAAAGUACAAUAUACAAUGGCGAACAAAAUAAAAGCAGGCCCCGUUGUGGACAUUUUGGGUGAUGAAAUGACCAGAAUUAUAUGGGAUCUGAUCAAAGAAAAAUUGAUUCUUCCUUUUUUGGAUAUCGAGUUGCACGUAUUUGAUUUGGGCAUCGAAUAUCGAGACAAAACCGAUGAUCAAGUAACCGUUGAUUGUGCCGAAGCAAUUAAAAAAUAUAAUGUCGGAAUUAAAUGCGCAACUAUAACUCCAGAUGAGGCACGCGUCGAAGAAUUCAAAUUGAAGAAAAUGUGGAAGUCCCCAAAUGGUACUAUUCGGAAUAUCCUGGGAGGAACCGUUUUUCGUGAAGCAAUUAUCUGCAAAAAUAUUCCCCGCUUAGUUACAGGGUGGACAAAACCAAUUAUCAUUGGUCGACAUGCACACGGUGAUCAGUAUAAAGCCACUGAUUUUGUAGUUCCGGAGGCAGGUACGUUGGAGCUUCGCUUUGUACCGAAAGAAGGUGGUAAAAUCAUUACCCAUAUAGUCAACGAAUAUAAAGGUGCUGGUGUGGCGUUGGGAAUGUUCAACACCGAUGAUUCCAUUAUUGACUUUGCUCAUUCCUCAUUCAAAUAUGCCCUCAGCCGUAAAAUUCCACUAUAUUUGAGCACCAAAAAUACCAUUUUGAAAAAAUACGAUGGUCGAUUCAAGGAUAUAUUUGAAGAAAUUUACCAGAGAGAAUACAGACUUCAGUUUGAAGCAAAUGGAAUUUGGUACGAACAUCGUUUAAUCGAUGACAUGGUUGCUUAUGCAAUGAAGUCGGAUGGCGGAUUUGUUUGGGCAUGUAAAAACUAUGAUGGCGAUGUUCAAUCUGAUUCUGUUGCCCAGGGCUAUGGUAGUUUAGGUCUGAUGACGUCAGUUCUAAUUUGCCCGGAUGGAAAAACUGUAGAAGCUGAGGCUGCUCACGGUACGGUGACGCGCCAUUAUCGUAUGCAUCAACAAGGGAAGGAAACGUCGACCAAUCCAAUUGCUUCAAUUUUUGCCUGGACGCGGGGCCUUCAUCAUCGCGCUGAGCUGGAUAAAAAUCCAGAAUUGAAACACUUUUCAAAAACUCUUGAAAAAGUUUGCAUCGAUACAAUUGAAUCUGGUUUUAUGACCAAAGAUUUGGCUAUAUGUAUCAAAGGCCUAUCAAAUGUACAAAAGGGAGAUUAUUUGGAUACUUUUGCAUUCAUUGAAAAACUUGCGGAAAAUUUGAAAGUCGCAAUGUCAAAUUAAAACAAAUAAUUGCAAGCAAUAUAUUUUUUAAUCAAAAUAAAAAAAGGUUUAUACAUGGCCUUAACUAACAAUGGUGGAAGAAAUAAAAGACAUGAAUAGAA